AUAUUUGAACAAUUUAGGUAGUAUUUCAUAUAUGUUGAUUCAUAUCCAGGUGCAAUGUUGAAGACUUCAGAACAGUGAAACCUGAAAUUAAACUUUUCAGUUAGUGAAAGCUACUGCAAUUACGUUAAGAAAUAAUUUAUCAGGUAACUAGUAUCUUGUACACAAUGAGAAAAUAUUAAUAAUUAAUAGACUGACCUUAUAAAAAAGAAACAGCUUCCCUAGCUGUGUUUUUGAUUUCUCAAAACAGGGUUCUCUAGAAAAGGAGUUGUAUUUACUUUAAAUAUUUUUUGGCUUGAAAUAUCCUGGGAAGAGUGAAAGUAGUAAUAGCAUGCCAAGUGUUGACAGUGUGAAAGUGGCAGUACGGGUGAGACCUUUCAGUCAGAGGGAGAAGGAUGCAGGCAGCAGAUGUGUGAUUUCUAUGAAUUCCAGCAGCACAAGCAUAUAUGAUCCUAAGAAUCCAGGGCACAUGAAAACCUUUACCUUUGACCUGGCUUACUGGUCCCACAGUGGAUUUCUAAAGGAUAAAGAUGGCAUGCUAAUUUCAGCUGGAUCCAACAGCAGAUAUGCAGGCCAGGGAGAGGUCUUUCGUGAUCUUGGUCAAGGAGUUCUGGACAAUGCCUGGCAAGGUUAUAAUGCUACUCUCCUAGCAUAUGGCCAAACUGGCUCAGGGAAGAGCUAUUCUAUGAUUGGAUAUGGUGCAAACAGAGGCAUAAUUCCAGUUGUGUGUGAAGAGCUCUUCAAACCAAUUCAGAACCAGAAGAACAAGCAAUAUCAGGUUACUUUCAGUAUGCUGGAAAUUUAUAAUGAGCAGGUAAUAGAUUUACUGUCUGAAACCAAGAAACCUGGUGGACUCAAGGUUAGAGAAGACCAACAACAAGGCUUUUAUGUGGAUGGUUUGAAACGGGUGGCUUGUGACAGCUACGCACAAAUUGAGAGGUUAAUGGAACAAGGAACUAAAAUAAGAACUACAGCUUCAACCAGCAUGAAUGCUACAAGCAGUCGAUCUCACAUGGUCAUUACCAUCCAAUUCAAACAGAUUUUUCUAGAUGAAGAUAUCACCAAGCAGUCCGUUAUAAAUCUGGUGGACUUGGCAGGAAGUGAAAGGCAAAAGUCUUCAGGCUCUGAAGGGGACAGACUGAGAGAAGGGACACGUGUAAAUCUGAGUUUAACCACCUUAGGAAAUGUCAUUAGUGCUCUGGCUGAGGUGGCCAUGGGGAAGAAAGUGUUACAUAUCCCAUACAGAGACUCGGUUCUAACAAAACUCCUGCAGUCGGCUCUCGGGGGGAACAGCAGGACUAUCAUGAUUGCAGCUGUAAGUCCAGCUGACAUCUGCUAUGAAGAGACUUUGUCAACAUUACGAUAUGCUGAGAGAACAAAAAAGAUCAAGAACAAAGCAGUGAUAAAUGCGAGUCCAAUGGAGAAGCAUAUAAUGGAGCUGAAAGCAGAAAAUAACAAACUGUUGUCCAGACUGACUGGGCUUGGAAACUCUGGGAAAACAGUAGCAGAUGAAGCCAGUAUUUUGCUGGCUGAAAAUGAACUGCGGAUUCGGACUAUUCAGUUAACAUGGGAAUAUCGUCUGGAAGAAGCUCGGAAGGAAUGGGAACAGCAGUAUGUUGCAAUUACUCAGGAGAGACGGAUGAUGGAGACAUUCCCAUAUCUCUUGAAUAUCAAUGAAGACCCUCAGCUCUCCGGAGUUCUCAAGCACUUCAUUCAGGAUGGUUCAUGCGAUGUUGGUCAGUCAGCCUCAAAUGCAAUAACCGUUAAAGGUUUAGGCAUUUUGGACAAGCAUGCUACAUUCACAAAUACUGACGGCAAAGUUACCAUAACGCCACGGGAAAAGUGCAAAGUUGUUGUCAAUGGUGUUCCCAUCACUAUGAAAACUAAACUGCAGCAUCUGGAUCGUGUUAUUUUGGGAUCAAACAGUGCUUACCUUUAUGUUGGAUUUCCUGCAGAACGCACCAAUGAGGACUUGAUCAGAUAUGAUUAUGAUUUCUUUCAGUCAGAGCUGGCGGCAGCAGAGGGCUUCAGUGUAGAUAAACUUGGGGUUGUCAAUAAUAAGGAUGGCAAACCAGAUCCUAGUGUUCUUGCAGUAUUCCACGAUUAUAUCAAGCUAAUGCCUUUGGUUGCAGAAGCAAAUCAGAUGAGUGAGGAGUUGAAAAAGGAGCUCAAGUUGGAAUUGAAAGUGAAAAAUCUAGCGUCAUCUGACUCCAGAGGUUAUGAUCUGCAAAAGGAAGUAAUAGUAAAAGUGACUAACAAAAUAACUAACCAGGUGUGGGUGUGGUCUAAGGCCAAGUUCAUCAACAGAAAAUUCCUUAUGGAGGAGGUUUACCAGCAUUUUUUAGAUGGCGAGGAUGUGUAUGUGGGCCAAGACCGCGACCCAUUCUGGGAUCCUGUUGAGGUCAUUCAUUUAGGAUCUGCUCACGUUUGGCUUCAGUCACUUGCUUACUGCAUGAAGCUGGAAGAACAAACAGAAGUUCUGAACUCUGAAGGAAUGGAGGAAGCCAUUCUACUUAUAAAUAUAGCUCCGUGUUCCAGUGAUGGAAGAGCCUUCGGAGAGGACGAUAUGGUCAUUGACCCUUUGGAAUUGCUGGGAAGAAGAAUUGAUUUCCAGAUUCACAUCUUACAGUGCCUUGGAGUCAAAUGGCUUAGAGAAGUCACCGAACGGGGCAUUCAGAUAGGGUACAGAGUUUAUGAUCUUCCCCACACUCUAUACACAAAGCCUGUCUGGAAAAACAUGAAUGCUAAGAUUGAAGAGACAGUCCACUUCUCAGCCCUAAAUGCAUCCCACGAAUUCUUAAAUUAUUUACAAAAAAAUGCUUUAAUUGUUGACUUGUGGGGGCUUCAAGAGGGGUGCGCUGAAGUGGACUACUCCAUACAAGACAUGGUUACAAAUGAGGGCACCAUUAUAGUUGAUAAUCCAAAAACUGUGAUUGCAAAGAAUAUUGGUCUGGGCACAACUAACCAGAUAUCUGAUCUUUACCUGAAGCUGCUGAAGUUGGAAGAGGAGACUGAGCUUCUCAGAGAUAUUAACAGAGCUUUAAGGGAAGAAAAUGUAUUUCUUAAAGAUAAACUGAAGAAAUGGGAGACAGGACACCAUGAAAGUAAGAAAUUAAAGUCUCCUAAUAGAAGGGCAAUUAAGACGACCAAACAGCCUCUCUCAUCAAAGGAAGCUGACCAGAUGUGCAACCAUCGGACCAGCUAUGAUGCUGAUUUUGCUAAAGCUCUUAAGGUCUUCUACCAAAACAUGAACAUAGUGAGAGGGCAAUUCCUGAAGCUGAAGCACAGCAAACCCCCCGAAGAAGAUAACCUGCAGAUGCUACGUCUUUUUACAGAGAGACAAUCACAUAUGUUGAAGGAUUUUGGGGAGCAGCUUGAAUCUAGCAUAUGCAGAUUGAAAAAUGAUGUUGCUCUUAUAGUUAAAAAGAAGAGAGAAAGCAUGGCAUAA